UGUAGCGGGAGCGCGCAAUGCUCGAGUAUGAGCGCUAGCACUGAUUAGUAGAAAAGCCCUAGGAGUUGUGGUAGGCGUGAGACGGGGGGACAAGAUUGGGGUUUAUUUCUUUCUUUUUUAAAAAAAAGAAGUGGGGGAGUAUGGUUUUUUGAACUCCGCAGUGGUAAAGCCCAAUGGGAAUGGUGUGAGCAGAGAUUACCGUGUCGGGAGUGAGGGGUUUUGUACGGCUUUUCCCACCGCUGCAUUUGCACUCCAUCCAAAGAGAGUCCGGCGGCGCAGAGGCAGCAUUCAGCCGGGAGCUGAGGCUUGACUUGUGAUGUCUUGAGGUCGUCUCCUGAGGCCCCUUGAAGGAGGUGCUGCAGGCGCUGAUGGGAACUGCUGCUCCAAUAUGAACCUUCAUGAUGUUGGAGGUAGGCGACGCUUUGAGGACCCGGAGUUCACCCUGCGGAUCUACCCGGGAAUCAUUGCCGAGGGCACCAUCUACUGCCCUGUCACGGCCCGCAAGAUCACCACGGCGGCCGAAGUCAUCAGCCAUGUCAUCGACAAGCUGCAGCUUGACAGGACCAAAUGCUACGUCCUUGCUGAGGUGAAGGAGUUUGGCGGAGAAGAAUGGAUCCUCAACCCCACAGACUGCCCUGUCCAGCGCAUGAUGCUGUGGCCCCGCAUGGCCCUGGAGAACCGCUUUGGUGGAGAGGAUUACCGCUUCCUGCUCCGGGAGAAGAACCUGGACGGCUCCAUAGACUACGGGAGCCUGCAGAUGUGGCUCCAAGUGACAGAGGAACGUCGGCGUCUGGUCGAGCGGGGCUUCCUGCCGCAGCCACCGCAGAAGGACUACGAUGACCUGUGCAACCUGCCCAACCUCAACGAAAAGACACUUCUGGACAACCUGCGUGGCCGCUUCAAACAGGAGAAGAUCUACACCUAUGUGGGCAGCAUCCUCAUUGUCAUCAACCCCUUUAAGUUCCUGCCCAUCUACAACCCCAAGUACGUGAAGAUGUAUGACAACCACCAGCUGGGCAAACUGGAGCCACACAUCUAUGCAGUGGCCGAUGUAGCGUACCACGCCAUGCUGCAGAGGCAUCGCAACCAGUGUAUUGUCAUCUCCGGAGAGAGCGGCUCGGGCAAGACGCAGAGCACCAACUUCCUCAUACACCACCUGACCGCCCUCAGCCAGAAGGGCUUUGCCAGUGGGGUGGAGCAGAUUAUCCUGGGGGCCGGACCUGUGCUGGAGGCAUUUGGAAACGCGAAGACGGCUCACAAUAACAACUCGAGCCGCUUCGGCAAGUUUAUCCAAGUGAAUUACCAGGAGAGCGGCACCGUUGGCGGAGCUUAUGUGGAGAAGUACCUUCUAGAAAAGUCGAGGCUGGUUUACCAGGAGCACAAUGAAAGGAACUACCACGUGUUUUACUACUUGCUGGCAGGAGCGAGUGAUGAAGAGAGGCUCAUGUUCCACCUGCAAAAGCCAGAGGAGUACCACUACCUCAACCAGAUGACACAGAAAGGCCACACGUCGCAUUGGGGAAAUCACUGUGAGAGUGAAGCGGACUGCUUCACGGUGGAAGGAGAGGACCUGAAGCAUGACUUCGAGCGGCUGCAGCUGGCAAUGGAGUUGGUGGGCUUCCUACCCACCACACGUAAACAGAUCUUUUCUCUGUUGUCCGCUAUCCUUCACUUGGGGAAUAUCCGCUAUAAGAAGAAGACAUAUCGGGAUGACUCCAUUGACAUCUGCAACCUGGACGUCCUGCCCAUUGUGUCCCAGCUGCUCGAGGUUAAAGAAGAGAUGCUGUUUGAGGCCCUGACCACUCGGAAGACCGUGACGGUGGGCGAGAGGCUGAUCGUGCCCUACAAGCUGGCUGAGGCUGGCACCGUGCGAGACUCGAUGGCCAAAUCCCUUUACAGUGCCCUGUUUGACUGGAUCGUGUUCCGGAUCAACCACGCCCUGCUCAACAACAAGGACCUGGAGGAGAGUGCCGAGAUCCUGUCCAUUGGUGUGUUGGACAUUUUUGGCUUUGAAGACUACGAGAGCAACAGCUUUGAGCAGUUCUGCAUCAACUUCGCCAACGAGAGACUCCAGCACUACUUCAACCAGCACACUUUCAAGCUGGAGCAGGAGGAGUACCGGUCCGAGGGCAUCGCCUGGCACCACAUCGACUACAUCGACAACACGGGCUGCAUCAGCCUCAUCAGCAAGAAGCCCACGGCCUUGUUCCACCUGCUGGAUGAAGAGAGCAACUUCCCCCAGGCCACCAAUCAGACCCUGCUGGACAAAUUCAAGAGGCAGCAUGAGGGCAACAGCUACAUCGAGUUCCCGGCUGUCAUGGAGCCCGCUUUCAUCAUCAGGCACUAUGCUGGGAAGGUCAAGUAUGGCGUGAAGGACUUCAGGGAGAAGAACACAGACCACAUGCGGCCUGACAUUGUGGCCCUGCUGAAGAGCAGCAGAAAUGCCUUCAUCUGUGGCCUCAUGGGUAUUGACCCAGUAGCCACGUUCCGCUGGGCCGUGCUGCGCGCCUACUUCCGUGCUGUGGUAGCCUUCCGGGAGGCGGGCCGCAGGUUCACGGGGAAGAAGCCUGGGCAUGAUGAUGCUGCUCCAUGUGCAGUUUUGAAAAGUGUGGAUAGUUUUAGCUUUCUGCAGCACCCUGUGCAUCAGAGGAGCUUAGCCAUUCUGCAGAGGUGCAAAGAGGAGAAGUACAGCAUCACCCGGAGGACCCCUCGAAGCCCGCGGUCGAACCUGCAGAGUGCCAACACGCUCAAUGAGAAAGCACCAAGGGACACUUUGGGUGUGGGACGGAAUGGCCGGUCCAGCAGGCAGAGCCGGCUACCCUCCUCGGGUCCUCUGCUGGAAGAUGAUGGCAUCUUCGUCAACUCCACUAGCAGCAGGCUGCUGGAGAGAGCCCAUGGCAUCCUCAUGCGGAACAGGAACUACAAGACGAAGCCAUGCCUUCCGAAGCACCUCCUGGACAUCAAGUCUCUGAAGUACCUGAGUGGCCUGACGCUGCAGGACCGCAUCACCAAGUCCUUACUCCACCUCCACAAGAAGAAGAAGCCCCCCAGCAUUAGUGCUCAGUUCCAGGCCUCUCUGAACAAGCUGAUGGAAACGCUGGGCCAGUCUGAGCCCUACUUUGUGAAAUGCAUCCGUUCCAAUGCAGAAAAGCUGCCCCUCCGCUUCAGCGAUGGCCUGGUGCUCAGACAGCUGCGCUACACCGGCAUGCUGGAGACCGUGCGCAUCCGCCGCUCAGGAUACAGCAUCAAAUACUCCUUCCAGGACUUUGCUCUUCACUUCCAUGCACUUCUGCCAGACACCUCCAACAUCACCCCGCAAAGCAUGAGAUCCUUCCUGCAGCAGGCCAGCCUAACCCUUGAUGGAUACCAAGUGGGCCACACCAUGGUGUUCCUCCGGGAAGCAGAGCGGCAGCGGCUACAGGACUUACUGCACCGGGAGGUUCUGCGGCGGAUCGUGACCUUACAGCGCCGCUGGCGAGCUGUGCUGGAGAGGAGGCGCUUUCUCGUCAUGCGGCUGGCGGCGUGCCUGAUCCAGCAAUGGUGGCGCAGUCGGCGGCUGCAGGGUGCCGGGGGGGCAGCGGGCUCAGACCGCGUCCUCUGCGCCGCACUGUGCCUGCAGGCUGCCUGGAGGGGAUUCAGGCAGCGGCGCCGAUUCCUGAUCUGGCGGGAGGCGGCUCUGGUCAUCCAGAGGAACCUGCGGCUGUGGAGGCGCCGGCGAGCCGAGGCGGCGAGUGCCAUCCAGGCAGCCUGGCGCGGUCACAGGCAGAGGGAGCGCUAUCUGAGGAUGCGGGGCUCCGUGCUGCUCCUGCAAGCCGCAGCGAGGGGAGGCGCAGUGAGGAGGAGGUUUAAGGAUCUGAAAGCCCAGAAGCUGAGAGGGAGGCAGCUACAGAACAGACUCGAGCCAGAAGGUGAGGUCCUGGCCACCACUGGCCUGGAUCUUAGCACAUGGGAGGAGCGCUUGUGCCAGGAACGGGAGUGGGGCCCCCAGGGGUCUGAUGCCGCCAUGGCAGGCACCCAGGAGCAGGCGGAGGAGGAGGAGAGGGUCACAGGCUGGGAAGCUACAGCAGGAGCUGCGUCAGCUGGAGCGCUGGUGAGGAAAGAGAUGGUUCAGGUGUCGGAGGAUCCCAGCCAUAAGACCAGGGUCAAGCGAGAGAAACGAAGGAAAAGGGAGCUGGAGCAGGCGAAGUUUAGCUUAAAGCUGCUGAAGGUGAGGUCUACAGGGGCUCUGUCACCAUCUGAGGAGAGGAACUGGCCUUCUGAAAGGUCUACAGAACCCCUGUCACCAUCUGAGGAGCAGAACUGCCCUUCUGAGAGGUCUACAGGGGCUCUGUCACCAUCCGAAGAGAGGAACUGGCCUUCUGAGAUGGCAUCAGUGGAUAUCCACUCACCUCAGGGAACUCCUGAGAGUCACAAAGAGAACUUUGAGCUGCACAGUACAGAUGACUAUCCUAAAAACCUGCAUGUCACUGUGGAAGUGGAAGGUACCAGCUCUCCUACUGUGAUCCCUGAGCAGACGCAAAGCAGUCCAACAUCUCCAAAUCCACCAGGACCUGUCAGUUCAGAUGGAUUCUCCACUGGUUUCAGGGCAGACUUCAUGAGUAUAGGUCCUUCUCCCAAAAUAGAAAACAACCUUCCAACCUUCUACAUCCCGCCCCAUGAGAAACCCAUCACGGACGCCUCUCCUGCCAUGCAGCAAGCAGAAGUAGCAAAGCACCUUAAAGAGAUGAAGGAACCUUCUCAGAAGCCCUUGGUGGUGCUCAUCAGCAUGCAGAAAGAUUCAUCACUCUAUGGCGGUCAGCAGAAAGCAGCCGAGCUCCGGGACAGAUCUGCCCAGACGAGCCCGUGCACUCCUGCGGCAGAGGACUCCAACCGCCAGACCGUCCUCGAGAGGCUGGAGAAGAUGAAUGAAGAGAAGGAGGAGCGCCUGAAGCAGCAGCAGCAGCAGAAAGAGAGGGAGAUGAUGGAGCAGAUCCGACAGCAAACGGAGAACCUCAAGAAACAACGCAAGUGCUAUGCUCAGUAUGAGAGGGACCUUCUGGAGAACCAGCGGGGGAAGGCUUUGCUGAAGAUCGAGCAGAGCAGACAACGAGGUUUGGCACAGGAACCUGCAGGUCGCAAGCCCGAGAGGCCAGGCCAUCUCCACUUGUCUACAUGUGUGCCCGGUGUGGAUAUCCAGAUGAGCGAAAACCUCAUAUGUCAUGAAAAGCAGCCUCCUCCGCAGACUAGCCUAAAUCAACCAAUCCCAUCCUUGGAAGGAAGGGCCAUGAUGGAUGGGUGGGCACCCAAGCUGACCCUGGACCUGCAGGAGGGUCUUCCCAGAGGGAGGCCACACAUUAAAGUUCCCAUCCAGGGCUUGAACACAGCCCCCAAACCAACAAACAUCUUCUUCACACCAAAAGACAACAAGCUGACUGUCUCCAAGUCCGAUAAGGACAUUGCCAAUCAGGAGAGGUCCAAGGCUUUCCAAAAGAAUGAAGGGCUCAGCAGCUCCAGGUCCUCCAAGGGGCUGAAAGGACGUGAGGUCGCCACAGCUGGCCAUAAAAAGAGAGCCCGCAUGGCACGGACACGCUCCGACUUCCUGAGCCGGGGGUCACACUCGGGCGACUCGGAGGAGGAUGAGGGGGGUGACUGCCUGUCCCCGCCCCCUCUGUCCCCCCGUGUGCCCCCCCCAGAGCAGGACACUGAGGGGGAGGCGGCUGACAGUCAUCUCAGUGACUCAGAAAUGGCAUCGUCGGCUGGUGGGAAUCAGAAGAAAAGCCAUAAAGCGGCAUCCUCAGGGGAUCUGGCCCAAGUGGACUCGCUGAGGACGAGCUCCCAUGCGGACGGCAGGAUGAGAGGCAAGAUGCGGUUCUGGGGGAAAAUGAAGCAGAGUGAAAAGAAGGCGAUCAGACCCCUGGCCAGUACUGCUGAUAUAGCAGGGGGGGACCUGACGGACACUGGGCUGUUCAUGGGAGAGGGGCCGCAGCCUGCGUCCCCCCCCCACAGCCCCACGCUGCCCGGCGAGCGGGGGAAGGAGUUCAAGGACAACAAGGAGCCAUCGCCCAAAAUGAAGCGGAGGCGCAGCGUGAAGAUCAGCGGCGUGGCCCUGGAGCCUGCCGCCUGGCAGAACGACGCCCUGCAGAUCCUCACCAGCGCCGCUGAUUACCGCAGCAUGAACGACUUCCUCAUGAAGAAGAUCAAUGACCUGGACACUGAGGACAGUAAGAAAGACACCUUAGUGGAUGUGGUCUUCAAAAAGGCUCUCAAGGAGUUCCGCCUGAACAUUUUCAACUCCUAUUCCACUGUUCUGGCCAUGGACGAUGGGAAGUGCGUUCGCUGCAAAGACCUGUAUGCGCUCUUCGAGCAAAUCCUGGAGAAGACCAUGCGGCUGGAGCAGCGGGUCUGGGCCGAGUCUCCCGUCAAAGUGUGGGUCAACACUUUCAAGGUGUUCCUGGAUGAGUUCAUGACGGAAUACAAACCUCUGGACAGCGCGGCUAGCAAGGUGGCCAAGCCUGACCGGAAGAAGAGGAGGAAGAAGGAUGCAGAUAUUGUUGAGGAGCACAGUGGUCACAUCUUCCGGUCUGCGCAGUACAGCAUUCCAACCUACUGCGAGUACUGCUCCUCCCUCAUCUGGAUGAUGGACCGGGCCUGCGUCUGCAAGCUGUGCCGCUAUACCUGUCAUAGGAAGUGCUGCUUGAAGACGACAACCAAAUGCAGUAAAAAGUACGAGCCUGAGCUGACCUCGCGGCAGUUUGGCGUAGAGGUGACACGGCUGACCAAUGAUGAGAGGACCGUGCCCCUGGUCGUGGAGAAGCUCAUCAACUACAUCGAGAUGCACGGCCUCUACACUGAGGGCAUCUACAGGAAAUCAGGGUCCGCUAACAAGAUCAAGGAACUGAAGCAGGGGCUGGACACUGAUGUGAACAGUAUGAAUCUGGACGAGUACAACAUCCACGUCAUUGCCAGCGUCCUGAAGCAGUGGCUCCGUGACUUACCAAACCCACUCAUGACCUUCGAACUGUACGAGGAGUUCCUUAGAGCCAUGGGUCUGCAGGACAGGAAGGAGGUGAUUCGGGGCAUCUACUCCGUGAUCGACCAGCUCAGCAGAACUCACCUCAGCACCCUAGAGCGCCUGAUCUUUCAUUUGGUCAGGGUUGUUCUGCAGGAGGAGACCAACCGCAUGUCUGCCAACGCCCUGGCCAUCGUCUUCGCCCCCUGCAUCCUGCGCUGCCCCGACACCAUCGAUCCACUGCAGAGUGUGCAGGACAUCAGCAGGACUACCGCAUGUGUGGAACUAAUCAUCGACGAGCAGAUGAACAAGUACAAGGCCAGACUUAAGGACAUUAGCAGCUUGGAGUUCGCCGAGAACAAGGCCAAGAGUCGGCUCACCCUCAUCCGGAGAUCAAUGAAACCUGUACUUAUUGCCGUUAGGUUUAUGAGCAUGAGCCGCACUGUGGCCUCGGGCAAGGGGCGGCAUCGCCGGGGCAGCCAGCACGUGCCCUCUCCUCCCGCAAGCCCACGGCCCGAACCAGUGCCACAUGUGCCUGAAGAGCCGGGGCCAGAGGAGGGGCCAGAGGAGGGGCCCGGGGACAGCGAGCUGGCGGAGCAGCAGAUUGCCAUGCAGCAGGAGGAGAGGGUGCUGACUGAGCAGAUCGAGAACCUCCAGAAGGAAAAGGAGGAGCUGACCUUCGAGAUGCUCACUCUGGAGCCCCGCGCGUCCGACGACGAGACCCUGGAGUCUGAGGCCUCCAUCGGCACUGCAGACAGCUUGGAGAACCUGAACGUUGACUCUGAGGAAGCCGUCUCGGACUACUCCGACAGAAACCAAAUGGGUCCUCCUGCCAGGCCAAGGAAGGUGGCGGGACGAGGCCGGCGUGUCCUGAGGCGGCAGCCCGAAUCCCUGGACUCCACCGAUUCUGGCUCCACGGCCUCCUCCUACCCAUGUCCUCCUGGUGCCUCGCACCACCUUCACCUCCGCUCCGAGUCACCCUUGUCUGACCUGUUUCGCUCCUCUCGGCUCGGAUCGGCCUCCCUCGGCCCACACCGGGAGAACGAGUCGAGGCCUCUCUACAUCAGCCACGGCACCUACAGCGCGGAAAAGGGCCGGCUGAAGCUGAAGGCUGCCAAGAUAUCCCCCAAGAAACCGGAGCAGAAGCCCCUGAGGAGGCCGGCUCUGGUGGGGGGCAAGACGCAUCGCAGCAGCUCCUGUACGGCAACAGCGAAUUCAUGGUGUGACAGACGCUAAGUGCAAAGCUGCUCGGCUCAUCAGUUCAUCAGCAUCAGCACUCCCCCCUCAGUUAUCCACGUCAGCAGAAAGCAGAAGUGAUUGAGUGUUGCAGCACCACUCUGUUCAGAGGGAGGGGUCAGAGGGAGGGGUCAGCAGACCCGCCCUUUAAGGUCUCUGUCGUGGGCCUUGAUUGACAAGAUCAGCCACAGCAGUACUUUUGCACCCCAAAGCUCAAUCCACCCCCCACUGGCAGCGGCAGUGAGGAGUGGGGUGGCAUGACGUGUCACACAGUGAUAUGGCUUGUCGGGGGCACCACAUCGGGGGGGGGGGCUGGAUAAUGCAGCACUGCAGAGCCAACGGACGGGCAGGAUGCGUGAACAAAACACACAUGCAGCUGCAACAGAGGGCUCAGAUAAUUCAGUGAAGUUUGAUAAUUCAGUGAAGGAUAGGUAACUAUCCUGUUACACUUUCCACAUCAUGAAAAGGUAUCUAUGUACAUGUAUAAAAUGUGAUAUACGUAUGAAUAUGAAGCUGGAACCCCAGUAGCUACUGGGUAGUUAGAGGCAAACAGUUACCUGUGGCAAAUCAAUCAUAUUUUUGAAGGUAUAGAUUUUUUAAACGACUCACUCUUCUGUGUCCGUGCUGCUCUUUGCUUCCGUGGGGGGGCAAGGGGGGAUCUAGGGACCAGCUUAGCUUGUCCUUUACAGUCACGGUUCCCCUACAAAACCACAUUUACUCUUAUGCUCCCUACUGCAGUAAAUGUAAUAGCCCUGUUUCACAAGAUGCCUUUUCCUCUUGGUUUCACCCUAAAAUACCCUUUGAGGUAUCAGUGUUAAAGUAACCAAAUAAGGACUUGAAUUUCAUCAUCAUUAUCAUGAUCAUUUCCAUUGUAUGUGUUCCUGGUUUUUACUGUCAUGUCUAUGGGUGUAACUUUCUGUGUGUGCGAUGAUUGUGUGGAACUGGGAGGUGGUCUCCAGGACCGUCCCCUUGUGUGGACCUGGGAGGUGGUCUCCUGGACCAUCAACUUGUGUGGACCUGGGAGGUGGUCUCCAGGACCGUCCCCUUGUGUGGACCUGGGAGGUGGUCUCCUGGACCGUCAACUUGUGUGGACCUGGGAGGUGGUCUCCAGGACCGUCCCCUGGUGCACCAGUGGUCAGAUUGAACUCAUUUUUCACCUUGCUUUCUUCUGCCCAGUCAAAUGCCACCUCAGCCAAUGGGCAUGGCCACAGUGGUAAGGCUGCUCAGCACCUGCAGUAGUGUCACACAGUCACUUAUGGCCCUGGAGCAGGCACUGUCCCUUUAGCCUGACGAGCGGGUGGCUCUCUGGGAGUCACUGCCUGUCUGCAUGGCGUCAGGCGGACUCGAGCUAAGGCUAGCCUUAUGCAGGCACUGUCCCUUUAGCCUGACGAGCGGGUGGCUCUCUGGGAGUCACUGUCUGUCUGCAUGGCGUCAGGCGGACUCCAGCUAAGGCUAGCCUUAUGCAGGCACUGGGAUACUGGCUGGCAUGUUUACUGUGGCAGCACCGCUGUGCUGCCCAGUCCGGCAUCCGCCUUGAGGCCUCCGGCACCCAACUGCCAGCCGCAGCCCUGCUGCCUUCUAUCUGCACAAGCAGUUAAUUUAGUCUUCUUCGAUCUAGACUGACGUUUCUCCAUUGUAACUCUAAGUACUACAUCACUAUUGGAGCGGGAGCUGAGAAGAGUAUUUGUCUGUAUGCUGCACAUGAAAGGUAAUCGAAUACUGAAGCCAGUGUAUCUCAAUAUUAAAGCUACUAUCAUUGUUACUGUUUAGACUGACAAUGUGUCCAGCAGUCUUUGCCAUCUGUAGAUCCAAUAGAAGCCCCAGUAACCUCAAAGCGCCUCAAAUGGUGAGCUUGUGUACGCAGGAUGAUGUCACCUGUGCAAUACUCUUAUGUGAAUUCUGCUAUUUCAAAGAGAGAUGCACAUAUUGUAGGUUACUACUGUUAGAUGUACACUAAAGCUUGUGUGUCUGUUUCUAGACAAACUCACAUGUGGUUCUAUUCUUCAUGGCAUUCUGCUGGUAAUACGCCACCUUUUCGAGGACCAAUCAGGUCGUGCUUAUGUGUAGCCACACCCACACUCCUCCCUCGGACAUUAGUAAGGCCUUUAACCCAUAAUCACUCUAGCUUGCAUUUGGGGGGGAUAACUUGGUGGUUGUGUAUACUCACCAUAUACUGUGGGAAAAACUAUUUUGUACUUCAUUUAUUUUUCAUCAAAUGCAACUGGAAGAAAAAAGUCAGUCUCUCUCAUAUAAAAAAGGAAUCUUGGGCUUUUGUGAUGCUCUUACCUCCUCGGACGGCCUUUAGCCCCUCCUGCAGCAGCGUGUGUCGUCGUGGUGUUCAGCGCUGGCUCUGUGCCGGCCUACGCAGCCGGCCUGGCAGGACGCAGUCGCCUUUCACUGCUGCUACACCUGCUGGGGCGUCGAAGGGCCGCACAGCGCUUCCUCUUUGCAGGCUAAUGAACUGAAGCUGAUGAUGCUCUGAGUCGUUAUGCUUGGCAUCCUGCAAAGGUGAAUGAACUAAUCACUGGAAAAAGGGAUGCUCUGCUAUACAUUUUAUGUGUGUGUAUGUAUACAAAUAUACACAUGCAUAUAUACAAUACAAAUUAAUAAUUUAAUAAUUAUGCUUUAGUGUACAUCUGAAAAUUGACCUGAUGUAAAAGGAUAUAUUAUCCUGUACCACCCUAUAUAUUUAUAUAUAAAGUAUUCAUGUUAAAAGUGUUUAAUGCCACAUCACAUAAGAUUGUGUAAAUGACGCAAUCCAGUUUCAGCUUUGUAUUUCAAUGUCAGCUGUUCAGGACCGAGUCAUAUGUAUAAAGUGCAAUUUGUGUAAUAUUUCUUUUAAAAUGUUUAUCGCUGUACAAACGAGUUUAUGAUCAAAUAAUCAUCAGCUUAUUAAAAAGAACUUGAAAUGAA